UGUUUACGGAAGUCCCAGAGCCGAAACGUGGCGAGUGUUGUGAAUGAAGUGGGGAUGAUCAAACACGUUUUCUUGACAGGACAACCAGGUGUGGGAAAGACCACUCUGGUGCAGAAAGCCUGUGAGUCUCUGGUAUCAUCGGGAGUGACUGUAGAAGGUUUUUACACAGAGGAGGUGAGGGCAGGGGGGCGGAGAGUCGGCUUUGAUGUGGUCACUCUGACAGGAAAGAGGGGUCACCUGUCCCGAAUCAGAGAUGUGGCCGGUCCAUCUCGUGGCACACGGGAGUACACAGUCGGGCAGUAUGUGGUCGAUUUGCCUUCUUUUGAAAACCUAGUUCUUCCCCUCUUCAGAAAUGUGGACUCAGGAGGAGUGACUAAAAAGGUCUUCAUCAUUGACGAGAUCGGUAAAAUGGAGCUGUUCAGCCAGUCAUUCAUCAGAGCCGUGAAACAGACUCUGGAUUCCUCCUCUUGCACCAUCCUGGGAACCAUCCCAGUCCCCAAACACAAACCUUUGGCUCUGGUGGAGGAGGUGCGGGCCCGGAGCGACAUCAGGGUCUAUACGAUUUCUAAAGAAAACAGAAACUCCAUUCUCCAGGACGUCUUAUCCACAGUGAAUGAGUGCCUCAAACCCUGACCAGAUCUGACCCUGUGCAUGUUGUGUGAAGGUUUCUCUAAAGCCUUAAUCCCAAUGCUGUUUGUAUGUACAAGAGUAAGCCCACAGAAAGACAUUUGACAUUGUUUUGACCCAUCCCAGUCUGCUGAUGAGCAAUUCUGUCACAUACAUACAUUCAUACGCCCCAUUCACGGUUUUCAGGCUGCCCUAAAGUGGCCUGCAUUGUGAAUAAUUGAUGAUGAGAAAUGGCAGAGUACAGAAUACCUUGGUUAUUGUGUAAAUACAGUUCAACCCCCACAAACAAGCUUCCUUUUUUCCUGUAUUACAUUUAGCUGAGCCAGCAUUUUUAUGUCUUUUUGUAAUAUUUUAAUUUGGUCAAAAGGAGAAGCCAUAUUCCAAUUUCUUUUAAUAGUAGCUAUGUGAAUGAUAUUUUAAGCCUUUAGUUAAACUUCAAAAACUGAUUUACUUGUACCUAUGAAUAUUUAACAUCUCAACUGUUGGCCAGUGUAGUUCAUUCAUAGCCCGACUGAAAAAAGAGAAUAAAAUCAGUUUUGCAUCAA